AAAUCCCAAAAAUCAUAGGGAAAAACAGAUACUUAAAUUAUUAAAAAAAAAUCUUCCCUCGACUCAUCACUCAUCCUCUCUGGUCUCGGCAACAUCUUCAACUCGCUCAGGAUUCAAGCAAUGAGAAAACAUUUAUUUUCUCAGUAAUCAGACAGAGGAGUUUUUGAAAGAUGCUUUGUUUGAGAUACUCUUUGCCCUUCUUUACUCAAAGCUUGGAAUCAUCCAGGAGUUCCAGGAGUAUCAGCAGUGUCGUGGUAUGUGCUGCAAAAGGUCCGAGACCAAGAUAUCCUCGGGUAUGGAAAACAAGAAACAGAAUUGGGACAAUUUCCAAGUCCGCGAAGCUUGUUACUUGUAUAAAGGAAUUGUCAAAUAUUAAAGAGGAAAUCUACGGGGCUCUUGAUUCGUUUAUUGCCUGGGAACUGGAGUUUCCUCUUGUUACGGUGAAGAAAGCAUUGAAGACUCUUGAGAAUGAAAAAGAAUGGAAGAGGAUAAUUCAGGUAACAAAAUGGAUGUUGAGCAAAGGUCAAGGGAGAACAAUGGGGACCUAUUUUACUUUACUGAAUGCUUUAGCAGAGGAUGGGAGACUUGAUGAAGCCGAAGAACUUUGGGCUAAAAUAUUUUCAGAGAACCUAGAAGGCACCCCACGCAUUUUUUUUGAUAAAAUGAUUUCCAUAUACUAUCAUAGGGACAUGUAUGACAAGAUGUUUGAGGUAUUUGCUGACAUGGAGGAGCUUUAUGUACGACCAAAUGUUUCAAUUGUUUCUAUGAUGGGGAAUGUCUUCCAAAAGCUGGGUAUGUUGGACAAGUACAAGAAAUUAAAGAAGAAAUACCCACCACCUAGAUGGGAAUAUCGUUACAUCAGAGGAAAACGUGUUAGGAUUCGAGCAAAACCUAUGAAUGAGUUUGAUUGUGCUACUGAAGGCAUCAGUAAGAAGAAUGAGGAAACUAACCAGAAUCCAAAUGAAUUAGAUGGGGAAGCCAAGGCAUAUCCGGACGAAUCAUUUGAGGAAGGCAAGGUAAAUCCAGAUGAAUUGUUUGAGGAAGCUGAGGCAAAUAGAAUUGAAUUGUUCAAGGAAGCUGAAGCAAUAUCAAAUGAAAACAUUGAAGCUAACCUUUCUUCAUGAUAGUCACUGGCUGAUCAUAUCAUACUAAUCUCUGUCUACACUUUUGGUUGGAAUUGGUGUUUCCUGUGAACAUGCCAAGUUAUUGCUGUCGGAAGGAACUGCAAUAUGUUCUUUUAAAUGUAUAAGUGGUACUGAAAAUCAGCGGUUGGAUCACACAAUUUUGGUGUAAAACAGGAGAUAAUCUUUGUCAAGCUGCCCACACCUUUACUUGAAAGAGCAGCUUAAGAAAUUUGGGUGCCCGCCCAAUCCUUUUUGGUUGACAGUUGCAGGUAUCAAGUUGGGUGUUAAUGUGUCAUCACUAAAAUGUAAUGGACUCUGUAGAAUGUCUAUUGUAGUAUUGUUACACAGUUGAUCAAACAAAACGUACGGAAAUGCAUGAGUUAGAACGUAGAAGAACUGAG